AUGGUCGAUUCUCUACAUGAUCUAGUUCCGGGAGGAUGGCGCGCUGCAGUGAUGGUGCCCGGACUGGCCAUCGCGCUGGGGGUCUUCUACCUGGGCGCACUGACAAUUUAUAACAUCUAUUUUCAUCCUCUUGCACGAUUCCCGGGCCCCAAGCGCUUUGCUGCAUCUCGUAUCCCAUACCUGCGAGCCGUCGUAGACGGUCGAUUAGCCCAAAUGCUCAAGGCCCUGCACGAUGAGUACGGCGAGGUGGUUCGCAUAGCGCCCGACGAGCUGGCUUUCACCAACGGUGAUGCCUGGAAGGCCAUCUACGGUACCCGGAUUGGACACGGGCAGAAGCAAAAGGACAUGCGAGUCUUCCCGCCUCCUCCGAACGGUCUUCCGACCAUCAUUCAGUCCAACGAUGUGGAUCAUUCUCGUUUCCGGAGACUUCUGUCGCAUGCGUUCUCCGAGGCCUCGCUGCGCGGACAAGAGCCCAUCAUUAAGGGAUACAUUGAUCUGCUGAUCCAGCGACUCCAUGAGCAAGCCAGUGGCGGUAAACCGGUUGAUAUGGUGCCGUGGUAUAACUUUACCACGUUCGAUAUCAUCGGUGACCUGACCUUCGGAAAGCCAUUCGGCUGUCUACAGAAUUCGAAGUAUCAUCAGUGGGUCUCUGCUGUCGUCGACCACGUCAAGUACGGAGCUUAUGCGAAUGUGUUUCGGCGAUUCCCCUCGCUCAAGGUGUUACUCCAAAUGUUUAUCCCAAAGAAGGUCGCUGAGGGUAGGGAGUGGCAUCUGGCCACCACCAAGAAGAAAGUGGAGGAUCGACUGGAGAGCUCAAAUGAAAGGCCCGACUUCUUUAGUCACAUUUUGAAGCACCACAACACCGAGAAGGGUAUGAGCUUCGGCGAACUGCAGUCAAACGCCAGUACUCUCGUCGUGGCUGGGUCAGAGACCACUGCGACAUUGCUUUCGGGGGCUACCUAUUACCUUCUGAAGACACCCCGGGUGCUGGGCAAAUUGCAGGAUGAAGUCCGCAGCGCGUUCAAUUCCGACAGCCAGAUCACACUGGCGUCUUGCAACAGGCUAAGCUAUCUUAAUGCCGUGAUAAACGAGGCUCUGCGCAUGUAUCCUCCAGUCUCGGUCGGAUUGCCACGGAUUGUAGACGCGCAGGGCGACACGAUCGCCGGGACGUGGGUGCCGCCAGGGACAAUUGUCUCUGUCUCACAAAUGGCCGCGUAUCAUUCUGCUUCCAACUUUACCGACCCUGGAAGCUUCAUUCCGGAGCGAUUUCUCGACGAUCCUCGAUUUGAGAAUGAUAGCAAAACGGUCCUUCAGCCGUUUAGUUUUGGGCCUCGGAACUGUAUCGGACGCAAUUUGGCGUACGUUGAAAUGCGUAGCAUCCUUGCUCGUGUGAUAUUCAACUUUGACAUGCAGCUGCAUGACCCCGGUGUGGCCUGGGAAAACCAGGCGAACUUUAUUCUUUGGAGCAAGCCAGCCCUUCAUGUCAUUCUUAGGUCAAGAGUUCCACGAGAAUAA